CCGCUGGCGUGAAAAAUGGGCCGAUCGCAACUGCAGUACCGGCGCGGCCGCGGUCGCGGGGUGGGGCCGGCCGGUCGUGGCGAGCGCGUGCCUGCGCACCUGCGCAACCUCGAGAGCAAUGCGUACCGCUUCCAGGAGGAAGAGACCGUGGACGAGAAUGAACUCGAGGACGACGCCGACGAGCCGCCGACGGCGGGGAAGCGGGACUUGCGCUACAACCCCGAUAUCCAGCACAUGCCGGCGUCGACCAGCACGGGUGGCAUCGGCUACUUCCAGUCCAAGACCGAGCGCGAGUGGGAAGCCGACCUCGAGGCCAUGAAGCCCAACGACGUGUCGUUGGACUUCAAGGCGAUUGGCGACCAUCUCAACACGCUACCGCCCGCAACGCGCUACGGCAUUGACCCCAAGUUCUGCAUAGAUCUGGCCUUUGAAGCGCCUACAAGCCCUGUGAAAUCCACAUUGCAGCUCACGCCGACGCCCACCGUAGCGGUCCCGACGGCACCCGUUGCCUCUGUGGCCAAGCCCGCGGUAGCUGCGGCGCCCCAACCUGCCACGGUGGUGGCCAAGCCCGCGGUCCCGGUGCUGCCCAACAAACCAGUCGUGGUUGUGGCCAAGGCGAUGCCACCUCCGACGCACGCCGCUCUGGACGACGAGCUCGACGAGCUGCUCAACAUGUAGAUAUCGUACUUGCUUGGACAAUAAUAAGCUAAGGAAUCAUUCCAUUUGUUGACAUCUAC